AAGCAAUUCUACCACACUGGGAGAAGUCAUAGUCAGCUGAAACAGCUUCAAAAGAUAAGCGGUGACGGAAGAGGACAACGAUUAGGUGGAGGUUCCCUUGUGCAAGAAGCUACAGACGGUGGUGUUAACCCAUACUGA